UUGGCUCCCCCACCCCCACCCCUGAUCAUAACUUUCUGCAAACUCAAGGGAUAGUUUAUUAGAUGUUCAGUGAGGUUAGUAAAUUGAUAGCUGUGAGAGUGAUUAAUUUAGGAAGUUUGACUCCACUGAAAUUGCAUUAUCCCUACCAGGUUCUCAAAAUGUCAACUGUCAAGGAACAGCUUAUUGAGAAUUUAAUUGUGGACGAUAAAACCUCCCAGAGUAAGAUCACCAUUGUUGGAAGUGGUUCUGUAGGCAUGGCUUGUGCUAUUAGUAUCUUAUUGAAGGAUUUAACUGAUGAACUCGCCCUUGUUGAUGUCUCAGUGGACAAACUGAAAGGAGAAGCAAUGGAUCUUCAGCAUGGCAGCCUUUUCUUCAGUACUUCAAAGAUUAUCUCUGGAAAAGACUAUAGUAUAUCUGCAAACUCCAAAUUAGUUAUUGUCACAGCAGGUGUGCGGCAGAAGGAGGGAGAGAGUCGCCUUGCCCUGGUCCAGCGUAAUGUGGAUAUCAUGAAAUUAAUCAUUCCCAGCAUAGUCCGUCAUAGUCCUGACUGUAAGAUGCUUAUUGUUUCAAAUCCAGUGGAUAUUUUGACUUACGUGGUCUGGAAGCUAAGUGGCCUACCCCCCAGUCGUGUAAUUGGAAGUGGCUGUAAUCUAGAUUCUGCCCGUUUCCGUUUCCUAAUUGGGGAGAAGUUGGGUGUUCAUCCCACUAGCUGUCAUGCUUGGAUUAUUGGAGAACAUGGUGAUUCUAGUGUGCCUUUAUGGAGUGGGGUGAAUAUUGCUGGUGUUGCUCUGAAGGCUCUGCACCCUAAAUUAGGAACUGAUUCAGACACUGAAAAGUGGAAAGAUGUCCAUAAACAAGUUAUUGAAAGUGCCUAUGAAAUCAUCAAGCUGAAGGGGUAUACCUCCUGGGCUAUUGGAUUGUCUGUGGUAGAUCUGGUAGGAUCAAUUUUGAAAAAUCUUCGGAGAGUGCAUCCAGUUUCCACUUUGGUUAAGGGCUUGAGUGAUGAACUUGCCUUUGUAGAUGUGGAUGAAGGCAAACUGAAGGGGGAGAUAAUGGAUCUUCAGCAUGGCAGCCCUUUCAUGAAAAUGCCAAAUAUUGUUGCCAGCAAAGAUUACGAUGUCACUGCAAACUCCAACCUUGUGAUUAUCACAGCAGGGGCACGCCAGGAAAAGGGAGAGACACGCCUUAAUUUACUCCAGCGAAAUGUCUCCAUCCUUAAGGCAGUCAUUUCCAGUAUUACCCAAUAUAGUCCCCGCUGCAAACUGAUUGUUGUUUCCAAUCCAGUGGAUGUCUUAACUUACGUGGUCUGGAAGUUGAGUAGAUUUCCCAAAAACCGUGUUAUUGGAAGUGGUUGUAAUCUGGACACUGCUCGUUUUCGUUUCUUGAUUGGGCAAAGGCUUGGUAUCCACUCUGAAAGCUGUCAUGGGUGGGUCCUUGGAGAGCAUGGAGAUUCAAGUGUUCCUGUGUGGAGUGGAGUGAACAUUGCUGGUGUCCCUUUGAAGGAUUUGAAAUCAGAUCUAGGAAGUGACAGAAAUCGUGAGCAGUGGGAAAACAUCCAUAAAGAAGUGAUUGCCAGUGCCUAUGAGAUUAUUAAAAUGAAAGGUUAUACUUCUUGGGGCAUUGGCCUGUCUAUAGCUGAUUUAGUGGAAAGUAUUUUGAAGAAUCUGAGGAGAGUGCAUCCAGUUUCCACCAUAAUUAAGGGCUUCUAUGGAGUAAAUGAAGAAGUAUUCCUCAGUGUCCCUUGUAUCCUGGGAGAGAAUGGUAUCACAGACAUUAUAAAGGUAAAUUUGACCCCUGAAGAGGAGGCCCGUUUAAAAAGGAGUGCAGAAACACUUUGGAAAAUUCAGGAGGAGCUGAAGUUUUAAAACUGUUUAAAACUGCCACUUCUGUAAUUUCUGAAGAAGAGUAGUUUAUGGGGUUGUGUAUGUCCAACUUUUGAGUAAACUGGAAUUCCUAAAAGUUGAAAAUGGGGAUGGUAGAGUGAGUCCCCUGUUUAUUUAGCUCCUCUAUCUCUUUCCAGAUAUUGGCUGGUACUUACAUUUUACAAUUCUUAAGUGGGUGCAUCAAAGGAAUUGUUUUUGGUACAUCUGAUGUACCAGUACAUGCCUUGAAUAUAUAUAUAGUUGCUAACUGGUCCAAAAGAAUGUAUGACUCUUAUUGUGUUAUAGACAUUCUGAUUC